AUGGCCACCCCGCGCAGGCCGAGCCCCCGCGCCGCCCCGCGCCGCCCUCACCUGCCCCGCGCCGCACCACGGCCGCCCGCGCAGGCCGAGCCCCCGCGCCGCCCCGCGCCAUGGCCGCCCCGCGUCGCCCCGCGCCGCCCUCACCCGCCCCGCGCCGCGCCAUGGCCGCCCUGCGCCGCGCCGUGCCGCGCAGGCCGAGCUCCGCGCCGCCCCGCGCCGCCCUCACCCGCCCCGCGCCGCGCCAUGGCUGCCCCGCGCCGUGCCGGCCGAGCCCCCGGCCGCCCUCACCCGCCCCGCGCCGCGCAAGCCGAGCCCCUGGCCGCCCGCGCCGUGCCGCGCCUCGACGCCGCCCCGUGCCGCCUCUCCAUGGCCGCGCCUCCGGCUCCCGUUGGCCGCGGCCCGCGCCGCCCUCACCCGCCCCGCGCCGCGCCAUGGCCGCCCCGCGCCGUGCCGGCCGAGCCCCCGGCCGCCCUCACCCGCCCCGCGCCGCGCAAGCGGAGCCCUCGGCCGCCCCGCGCCGUGCCGCGCCUCGACGCCGCCCCGUGCCGCCUCUCCAUGGCCGCGCCUCCGGCUCCCGUUGGCCGCGCCUCGCCGCCGCCCCAUCGCCGGAGCAGAGGCUCGCGCGCCGCGCCGCGCCACAUAGUUGCGUAG